UAAGAGUAGGAAAAUUUAUUGGAGAAAAGGAAUGGGGAAUAGGAUUGGGGAAAUAGCUUCUGAGAGAUAGGAGGGGUUGCCAACAAGCCCACCUCUCAGAGGAAGUUUCUUUUUUUGUCUUUUUUCCUUUUUAUCGGUACCAGGGAUCGAACUCACGACCACCUGCUUGCAAGACAGGUGCUUAUGCUGCUGAGCUAAAUCCCUAGCCCCUUCAGAGGAAGUUUCAUAGAACAAAAUCUGAGUGUUCUUUCUCAUAGAGAAAAUCGUAAGAAAUGAGCUUUAAUGUCUGGAAUAUCAAAGAGAUGCUCAGUAUUCCUUCAGGCUCUGGGACCGCUAAGUCAUCUAACUGGAAUAAUAACAAUCAGACUGAUUAUUCUGCUCUCAGUGAUUCCCAGUUCCUCUUUGGAUCUCAGUUUUGUCCGGAGAAUUCAGAGACCCUGUCAGCACCCUUAGACUUAGGUGCUCACUUGAGACAUCCAAAGCAGUUGCACCAAAAUUCUCUGGACAGUGAACCUAGUAUUUUCACAAAGUAUCAGACAAAACCCCAACUCUUUGGAGGAGAGGCAAAGGAUGGGGGGUUAUUUUCCCUUCCUUUGCCAGUUGGAAAACCAAAAUGCCUUUUGAAACAAUUUGAGGAGAAAAACAAAAAAGCAAAAGACAAAUGUGACAGUGAAACUCUGUACAACUUCGUUUCCCAGGUCAGAGAAAGCAUUCAGAGGUUACAGACAUCUGUGGAAGAGUCUGAGGAACGCCUCAGUUCAAGAAGUCAAUCGGUUUUGGAUUGUCUGGAGACUGUAGCUAAGACACUGCAAGAAACUGCACGCGCCCAGAGUGACAUGAGGUUUGAGGCAAUACAAGAGAAAGGCAGUGCAGGGCAGGCCAUCCUUGAGAUGCAGAAGAAGUUUGAAGCUAAACAAACAGAGUUUAUAGAAAUGAAAUCCAGCCUGGAGCGUCUUGAGGUUUUAGUUGUCCAGCAGAGUAAGGACUUCAAGCAGUUGUGUGAGCAAUUAGGCCAGCUGUACGUGCCUGACAUCCUUGCAGAGCUGAAGAGACUGCUCCUGGCACCUCGGGUACUUGACCACAAGAAAGAUAACGCUUCUCAGACGUCACCACCUCUGGCCCAGAGCCUCCGUUUCAUCAAUCAGAAAAAGCUCCCCCUGGAAGAGCCAGUUAUAGGACAGACCCAGGCCGCCCCUGCUGCAAGGAACCCCAAGGCAGGCUCCCUGAUGCCUGAGGAGUUUGGUGUCUGGGCUGAUUAUUUCCAGGAGAAGGCUGCACUGCCAGCAAGUGAGCCUUGCAAAGGAAAUGGGCAAGUCCAGGACAAGGCGGUACAGACUAACUGCCAGGAUACGGCCGGAAGUCCUAAGAACCAUGUUGGCCCCGGCAUCCCAGGUCACCAAGUACAUGCUGAUGGAGACCUGGCUUCCCAGAGAGACACACAGUUCACAUCCCUGGACUUAAACAACACGGCAAACAGCAUUCAGAGCGCCUGCCCAGAAUAUCACAGCCAAGGCAUCGUUCUUUGUGACUCAUGUGAACAGCUGGCAACUGAACAGAAAGGCAAGAGUGCAGAAACAGCGAAGAAAGGAAAGAAACGGCAGCCCAUGAAGGCCCGCAGGGACAGGCACCUGCCUAGGAAGCCAGCGCAGACCCCACGCAAGACCUGUGCCCCUAACACUAAGUACCAGCGUCCCCAGUCUCCAGUCUCCAGCAAGCAAAGGCCCCCAGCAGGGCAGCAAGAGCUUCUUGCUCAGGCCCUGUGUGUGCAGACUCCUAGAAGCUCCCCAAAAUCAGAUUGUCCCACUCCAGGAGGCAGGGUCAAGCCCAGGAAGACAGCAAGGGCAGUAAGAGGGGGCACCUUACAGCUCACCAUGUGCCCUUCCAAGAGAAGCAGGUUCCUUUCCAGCAGUUUCCAGGGAGACCACCAGAUGAGCUGGUUCAGCAGCCUCAACCCGGAAGGCUCAGAGAAUGCUCUGUGUAAGGAGGCAGAGAAGAAUUUACUGUAUCACCUGCAUUUUGAUAGCAGCGAUGAUGACUUUUGAGCAGCCAGCAGUGACUAUUGAUCUUACCUAGUGUUUGCAGAACACUUGAACUGGCACAGCAGAAAGUCCCCAGCCUGCUGGGUCACCCUCAUGGCCAGAGGCCCUACUGCAGUAGAAUCAGUGGGCGGUGGGGACAGCCCCAGUACGCUGUGUUUCCAGGGCUGCCGCCUCUGUGAAAGGCAUGGGCAAGUUCACCCUGAUUUCUUAGAAGAAAGGGUAGGGAGAUGACACACGGGACUGCAGCCUGGGGGUGAGCAUCAGAGCAUGACUUUCCUGGGGGAAAAGGGACUGAUGGGCUGUGGCAGCAUAACUGCCAGACACAGCAAUUUUUGUCGGCAGAAUAUUCCUUGUUUAUAACCCAUACCUUCCUGGGCCUCAGACAUUUUUUCUUAUCUUUAUCCAAUUAUGGUGCCAGAGAGUUUGCCUGUUUCUAUCAGAGGACGUGUUACAGAUCACACUAAGUCAGUCUUCUUGCGAACAAAGGAGGAUCAAAGCUGCCAGUGAAAACAGGUAUCAUACCACUAACUGUCCAGAGCACCUCUGUUUCUAAGACAGAGGAGUCCAGUUUUUCUUCCCCGCUGGUUUUCGGUUUUUUCCAACAACGUUUCAACCUGAUGGCAGUGUCUGCAGAUCCUGUGUUACUGCUGGAAAGUAGAAGGUCUAUUUACAUAUUUACAUAUUCCUAAAUUUGAAUUUUUCCAACAUGCAUGUCUUUUUUGUAACUAAAAAUAAAUAAAAAUUUAGA